GAAAAUACAUAUGGGUGCUUGGUGAAUUAUCAUUAUGUCAAAGUACAGGAAGUUUAUUUAGGUUGCGUAAUUGAUGAUGGAGCACUUGCUUUGCGGCACAGCGUGGUGUUUUAGCUGUCUCUGGUGGAGGUCAGAGAGAGAAAGCAGACAACGUGUUACUUUCUUCGAAUUGUAGCUAGCUAUUUUUAAAUAAUGGAUAACAACCUACCGGGAUCAAGCGGGCAAAAAGGUGGAUUCGGGAGUCUUUUCGGAGGAGGGUCGCCAGAAUAUUCAAACUCUGAGCUCGCCGGGGUGCCAUUAACUGGAAUGAGCCCCCUUUCCCCCUACCUCAACGUGGACCCUCGUUACCUGCUCCAGGAUACUGAUGAGUUCAUCCUGCCCACCGGUGCCAGCAAGACCCGCGGCCGAUUCGAACUUGCUUUCUUCACUAUUGGGGGUUGCUGUUUCACUGGUGCUGCAUUUGGUGUAGUCAAUGGACUUCGCAUGGGCUUGAAUGAGACCAGGGGCAUGACCUGGUCGAAACCUCGCAAUGUACAGAUCGUUAACAUGGUGACACGGCAAGGAGCGUUGUGGGCAACCACGCUGGGCUCUGUGGCCCUGCUUUACAGCGCGUUCGGCGUGGCGAUCGAGAAGGCCCGGGGAGCGGAGGACGACAUCAACACGGUGGCAGCUGGGACCCUGACAGGCAUGCUGUACAAAUCCACGGGGGGCCUGCGGGCUGUAGCCAGAGGAGGGCUGGCGGGCCUAGCGCUUUCUGGAGCGUACGCCCUCUACAGCAACUGGGACCACCUGACCGGCGGCUCAACCAACCGCUUCUGAGAACUCAAGCAUGCUGGAACACUGGGGGACUGGCCGGCUGUCCAGCGUUCAGAGAACAUUACUGGAACCUUGCCCUUACACACCUGCUUCACUUACCAUGGGGCACAAAUGGACCUGAAGGAGCCCAAACCCUCAGGGCAGAACUAGCUGCGAAAUGGAGUCAUUUCAGUCCAUGGCAUUUGGGACGGUGCCGUUUCUAAUGGUUUUAAUUUCAGUGUACAGAUCCAUCUGUGCUUUCUACACCAUGUCAGUGCGUUUUCCAUUUUACAGAUAAAGGUCAACCUUUUUUGUAGUUUAAAAAGGAGUCGAGAAAAUUCCCAAUCAACGAUCAGCGGUUGCUUGGAACUGACAUAUAAGCCCAUGUAACUUGUGCAACUCUUGUACAGUAGUUUCUAGGAACGGGGUCCCGAUUCGUUCCUGUCAAGACAAGGAACACAGCACAUGCCAAUGGGCGAAUGACUCUUAGACACAAGUCUGCACUGUACACGAAAAGCCUUACCAGGACUCCUUGUGAAAGGGCAAAUCGCAGUGCAGUGUAAUAUAUAUUCCAUCUUUCAUAUGUCACCGUGGUCUGUUGUCUUUGUGUGCCAUUUGCUCACCUUGACUGUACUGCAAGUAAAUAAAAAUAACUAGGAUAUUGGACAGUGAUCUGAACAUUGUCUGGAAGUUUAAUCUGUUUUUGGUUAACAUGAAAUGAAACUAAAUCAGCGUUUGAGGUCCCGUUUCCCUCCAGCACAGAAAGUAAAUAUAUCCUUGUAAAUAUUUUCAUUUAGAAAAGUAAUGGACAGUCGUAAAACUUAAAUGUAAUUAUUGAUUCUUUUAGUUAUAAAAAUGCAUUUUACUGUUAUUUAUAUCUCCGUAUUUAAUCGUAAAAUGACAUGUAAGUGCAACUGUGAAUUUGAAGCAAAGGAGCUCAGUCUAAAACAAAGCAUAUAUAUUGGAUUUUAUUUUAAAAGUUUUUUUUUUUUUUUUCCUACCUAAAUGGAUCAGGACAAGCUUUUUGGCCUGGGUAAUAAAUUAGUGGUACUGAUCUGCAUAACUGACUCCCAAGUAAUGGGUGGGUGGAUAUUGAUUGGCUGUUCAUGUGCAAUUUGUUCAAUAAAAGCAUGUUGGAAAUAA